AUGAACAGACCUUGUGGGGCCGAUGAGCUUUCGGGGCAGAGGCAGUUGGAGGAGCUACGUGGCAGCGCGACUUUCAGAAAUAAAUCACCGCGCCCACGAAUUCAGCCAUCAUGGGUAAAGGAGAAAGUGAUGUCGUCGAUGUCUGUUGAUGAUGAUGACAGAAGCUCAUCCGAAGGCGAAUUUGCCCAGUCUGGUAUGGUCAGACGCAAUCACAAAGCGGCAUUGGCCACACGUCGCGAAGAGAACUUAGCUCGAUUCGCUUUACACGCCACGCACAUCAGCGAUAGCGAAGAAGAUUCGUCACCAGACUCACGGGCGUCAACAAGAUCCACAUCACCACGUCGCUCAUUGGCAACGCCAUCGUCCUACGACUCCACCCACAAUCAGACCGCUCCGCCCACUCACCAUGACGAUGCCAGAAGUAUUGACAGCGGAGUGGUACAAUCGGACCAUUCGAAUCCUCAACAAGCGAUGACGUUGUCUGUAUCAUCUUUGGCACCAUUCUCGUCUCCAGCAGUGGAAGUGCUCCCUCUUCGACGAAUCAGCCAGACUGAACUACCUCCCGAUGUGGCCAGGGUGACGGCAUCUUUAUCCAGAACCUCGCUGACAACGCCUCCUCCGAUACCGCCACGAUCGAGCCCCACUCCUUUGACGGAUACUCGACGAUCCAGCCCAGCACAGUCAGUGGAUCUGAUGUCAAGAA